UUCAUUUCCAUCUAUGUAGACCUGAUGCUAGGGUUAUAGGAUUAAUCAAGCGUAUGGGAGCAGAAGCACACCCAAUACAAAAGAGAGUGUUAUGUAUGAAUAAGAUUGAUUUAGUUGAGAAGAAGAAAGAUUUACGAACGGUUGCCGAGCAAUUCAAAGAUCUUCCUGGGUAUGAAAGGCAUUUCAUGAUUUCGGGUCUAAAGGGAUCUGGAGUGAAAGAUCUUACUCAAUACUUGAUGGAUCAGGCUGUCAAAAGAUCUUGGGAGGAAGAUCCGUUCAUCAUGACUGAGGAAGUAAUGAAGAAUAUAUCAUUAGAAGUUGUCCGAGAAAGGUUGUUAGACCAUGUCCAUCAGGAAAUCCCAUCGGUUGGACGGACUGGAAGGAGUUGCGAGAUGGCUCUCUUCGGAUUGAACAGCAUCUUAUCACUCCCAAAUUAAGCCACCGCAAGAUUCUUGUAGGAAAGAAGGGCUGUAAAAUGGGGUAAA